UGUGUGUGCUAUCUCUCUCUUUUUCCUAAGUUCUUGUUCUAAGAUUUCUUCAUGGUAUCAAAGCUCUCCUCUUGAGGGCCUGACCACCAUCUCUAUCCCAUGUCCACACUAUAUUUUGGCUCCAUGAGAGCCCUUCAAACCAAUGUUGAUGGUGAAACUUCAAACCCCAACAAUGAAACACUAAACCCAAUAGCCCCAUCUCCUAUCUCAAAUGAAAGUCCAUCUCUUAUCAUAAUUGGACAUCGAUUCAAUGGAGAAAACUACUUGUUGUGGUCUCAAAGUGUUCUCAUGCACCUAAAAAAAAAAGGAAGGGUUGGGUAUCUCUCCGGUAUCGUAAAAGAACCCAACGAGGACGAUCCAAAACAUGAGCAGUGGGACUUAGAAAACAACCUCAGUAUGUCAUGGCUCAUUAAUUCCAUGACUGCUGAAAUGGGAGAAAAUUACAUUAUAUGCAAGUCUACCAAACAAAUUUGGGAUGUAGUCAAGGUUGGUUACUCUAAGAAGGAUAACACAGCAACUCUAUUUCAAGUUAAAGGGGUUCUAAUAGAAUUGAAAUAAGGUGAGUUAAAUGUUACCCAAUAUGGGCAGCAAGUGGACACUUAUGAGACCUUGGAGUAGGGGUGCACUGGCUGUUCAAAAACGUUCCGCAAGUAUGUGGAGAGGGAGCGUAUCUACCACUUCCUUCUUAGCCUCAACCCUUCGUUUGAUGGUGCUCGUAGCCGUAGCAUGGCUACUCGCCCCUUACCCUUAUUAACGGAGGUGUUCUUUGAAAUUAGGUGGGAAGAAAGCCAUCAACAACUGGUGCAGCCCCAUCACCAUAAUAAUUCAAUUAUGGAAGCUAAUUCUCUUAUGGCAAGAAAAAUGUUCUUCACUAAUGGCAAAUCCAGGCGCAACGGGAGACCGUGGUGUGAUAAUUGUAACAAACCUGAUCAUACCAAAGAAGUAUGCUGGAAGUUGCAUGGGAAACCCGCCAAUUGGAAGUCAAAGUACUCAACGGAAGGUAGAGGAUAUUCAACCUCUGUAGAGGAUUCAGUCACAACCCCAACAUCCAAUGACACCAUGUCAUUUUCCAAAACUUCUAAUCUGUUAAGUAAGGAGAAAAUCGAGUUCAUUCAGAAGUUAUUUGUCUCUCAUGAUGAUAUAAAAACUCCAAGCGCUAGUGCCAUUGUACAAGCUAGUAAAUUCACUGCUCUCCACACUUUUUCUGACAAAGAUGAUACUUGGAUAGUGGAUUCUGGUGCUUCCCACCAUAUGACUAGAUUUGGUUUCGGAGCGGAGGAUUGGCAAUGCUACAAGGAUGGGUAGUCUUUCCCAAAUCAUUGCAAAAUAUUGGACGCCUCAAGUUCUCAUGACUCUUGCUGGAAAUGACAAGGAUGUGAUGUUAUGGCAUUAUUGAUUAGGUUAUCCAAAUUUUGAUUACAUGAAAAAAAAUGUA